CUUGAUAUAAAGAGCAUUGAAAUUGAAGAAAAUAAAAAUCUCUAAAAUAAAGAGCAUUGCAAUUCAUCUCUUCGGUUUAUAACAAACAGAAAAACAUAAAUCAGCAAGUUGCGAAUCAUGAGAGUGGCAGUGCCACGUUAUGGACUUCCAUUCUUGAAACCUCUCUACAAAUUCCCCUUCUCCUCUUCUACCUUUUCUCCUAAUAAAACUUGUACUCUAUUCUCUGCCAAAAUGUCAACAACCCCACCUUCUCAACUCACUCACAUCAUCAAUCUUCCAGCCCAACUCGAUCAACCCGUUUCCGUUGUCGCUGCUCCCGGCGUCUCCGACACCCAAUUCAGGAAUGCUAUUGAAUCCUCAUUAUUCAAGCAGUGGUUAAAGAACAUUCAGACUGAAACAGGACUGCUGGCUAAUGGAGCUAUGUCUCUAAGACAAGUUCUUAUUCAGGGUGUAGAUAUGUUUGGAAACCAUCUUGGGUUUCUAAAGUUCAAAACAGAUAUUAUUGAUAAGGAGACGGGUCAGAAGGUUCCUGGUAUCGUCUUUGCACGGGGUCCAGCUGUUGCAGUGCUAAUCCUUUUGGAUUCUGAGGGUGAGACGUAUGCUGUGCUUACGGAACAGGUUAGGGUCCCUGUUGGAAGGCUAAUUUUGGAAUUGCCAGCAGGAAUGUUGGAUGAUGACCAUGGUGACUUUGCUGGAACAGCAGUUCGAGAGGUUGAGGAAGAAACUGGAAUACACCUGAAUGUUCAUGAUAUGGUCGACCUCACGGCUUUUCUCGACGCAUCGACUGGGGGCAGAGUUUUUCCUUCUCCUGGUGGCUGUGAUGAGGAGAUCAGUUUGUUUCUAUACAGAGGAGAUGUCAGCAAAGAGAAAAUCCAACAACUGCAAGGGAAAGAAACUGGACUACGUGACCAUGGGGAGCUGAUUAAGGUGCAUGUGGUUCCAUAUGAUAAACUAUGGCGUGCCACAGCUGAUGCAAAGGCUCUGACCGCAAUUGCCCUCUAUGAGAUGGCCAAAAGAGAUGGGCUGCUACCUUGCUCGACGACGAGUUAAUAUUUCCUCUUCCAUUUAUCUCAAUUUACGUUAUUGCUUGCUUGGCUGAAUAGGUGAUGGUAUAUCUUAGGCAGAUGACAACUACAUUAUGGGCAUUCCUAGGUGCACUCUCCUUGCAACUGCAUCUGUUGUUGCUUGGUUUUGUAUAUCAGUUUGAAAAAGAUAAUAAAGAAGGGAAAGCGGAGAUUUUUCCUUGCACAGUUGAGAGAAGUCCUAAACCAUAACAAAUGUAAUGCGUUUUACUGUUCAUUCUGUUCGUGGUAUGGAUGGAUAAAUUGGCUUCAUAUUGAUCUUCAGGAUGUUGUUAUCACAUAACAUGGUUACUGCUAUUUAGCUUUGAGCUUGUA